AUGGGAGCGGUAGGUGCAGAUUAUGUGUAUUUGCUUCCUUUUACAAUUCGAAAACAGAUAGCGGCCAUACUGGAUCGAGAUGACGAGUGGGAGUCAUUAGCAUUCGUGAUGGAAGGUAUAGGAAAUUCUGAUGUGCAGGCUUGUCGAGAUGCUCGGGCUUUUGAAAGCCCUACAGAGAAUUUAUUAGCAAUCUGGGGUUCAAAGGGAAACACAACGGUUCAGUUAUAUAAUUGUCUCGCGCGAGCGAAGCUUGUUCGUGCCAUGAAAGUAGUCAGUCAUUUAGUUGAUCCGUGCUAUCACCAUUGGGAACAGGAAUGCUUGCAGUCCACAAGCAAAACCACUGAAAAUGAUGGCGAAUCAGUGGCAUCUCAUUUUAAUUGUUCUGUUCAAGCUCAUGAAGAUCAUGGUUCUGAAAACAGUGAUGAUGCACAACACUGCUUCGAUGAAAUGUCAUCUUUAAAACCAACGAGCUCUAUGUGGUUGAAUUUAGUGAAUGAUAGAAGUACAAGUUCAAACUCAUUGUAUAAAACUCUUGAAAAUACGCCUUGUGUCAAGUACGACGAAAUAAUGCUAAUCACACAUAACUUUUCUGAAAGCAGUAUUAUUGGAAGUGGAGGGUUUGGAACAGUUUACAAAGCAGUGUGGGAACAAACAGAAGUUGCGGUUAAACGUAUACAUGGUACGAAAGGAGUAACUGAAGUAACUUUUAAAGAACAUCUUCGCCAAAGUUUGCAAGAACUGAAAACACUUUCGAAAUAUCGGCAUGAUAAUAUUCUACCGCUCUAUGCAUAUUCACUUGAUGGACCUCAUCCAUGUUUGCUCUACCAGUAUAUGAGUAAUGGUUCACUCUUUGAUUGUCUUUUUGGAAAAAAACAUACGCUUCUCACCUGGUUGCAGCGUAUGUCAGUAAUGAUCGGUUGUGCUCGUGGUCUGCAUUAUUUGCAUUCGGUUGCGAAAACUCCAAUAAUACACGGUGAUGUGAAGUCAGCUAAUAUUUUGCUUGAUAAAUAUAUGGAGCCGAAAUUAGGUGAUUUUGGUUUGUGCCGAGACAAUUUCUCUGAAGAUAAAUGGAAAAUGGAUGAUUUUGUUAUUACUUCUCGUAUUAAAGGAACAUUGGCAUAUUUACCAGAGGAAUUUCUGUCGGAGGGAAUAAUUAGUACUAAACUCGAUGUAUACGGUUAUGGCGUAGUCGCUCUAGAAAUUGCUACGGGUUUAAAGCCGUUUGAAGUCACUCGAAACCCACAGAAUAUUGUGGAAUAUGCUAAAAAUUGGAAUAGAUCAGAAAAAUAUGGAAAUGUUUCAGCUGAUCGACUGUGUAGUUUUGUUGACGGUUACUGA